UGAAAUGUAUAUUUCAAAUUAGUAAUUUUGACUUUUAACCCGACGGUCACAUUCCUCAGUUGUGUAAGUUAUCUAUAACUAAUCAUCAGUUGUGAAACUAAACGUUGUAAAACAUUCAAGUGAGAUCAUCGAAGAACAACAACAAUGGAUAGGACCAAAGAAAAUAAUUAUACCAGCGACUUACGACCAAAAACAUUCGAAAGAGAGGAUAAUUCGGCUACACAUAUAAAAUCAGUUCGCCAAGGACGAAAAAAUUAUGUACACGAUGUAAGCAAACAAACAUUUGCGAAAGUAUUAGAUGUAAAGCAUCAUAACAAAAUUGUUCAUAAAGAAAAAAAAAACUACGCAUGUGACGUAUGUCGAAGAAUAUUUAUUUCUGGGAAAAAUUUAGCGAGACAUUAUAAGACUGUUCACGAAAAGAGAAAAAACUACGUUUGUGACGUGUGCCACAAAGCGCAUACACGUUUGUACGCAUUGAAGGAACACCAAAAAUCGGUUCAUGAAGGACGAAGAGACUACGAAUGCGACGUGUGCCAAAAAGUAUUUGCAUAUCACAAAGGCUUGAUGAGGCAUAAAAAAAUUCACAAAAGACAAAAGGAUUACCAAUGUGAUGUGUGCCAAAAAACGUUUGCAUUGAAAAAUUACUUAAAACUUCAUACUAAAGCAGUUCAUGAAGGACGGAAAGACUACGAGUGCGAUGUGUGCCAACGAACAUUUACGCAGAAGGUCAGUUUGAUGAGACACGAGCGAACAGUUCACGAAGGACGAAGGGACUACGAAUGCGAUGUGUGCAAAAAAACGUUUAAAAGAAGAAUGUCCUUGACAAUUCAUCAAAAAAGAAUUCAUGGAAGCCAAAAAGCGUGUGGAACCAAUCAGCAUUUGGCAGAUCAUCGUGGAAUAGUUCACGAAGGUCAAAAGGGCUAUGAAUGCAACGCGAGUCAGGAGGAAGUAUUUCCAGAUCAGAGCAACGCGAAGAAACAUAAAAAAAUAGUUCAUGAAGAACAAAUAAAAUAUGUUCCAGAUGUAGGUACGGCUAUAAAUAGCUUGUCUAACCACAAAGUAACUGAUGACAACGAAGAAAAUUACUUCGAAUUACAUAAUGUAUUUCGAAAAAAGUUUUAUAAAGGCCAAAAGGGCUAUGUCAGCGAUGUUAUGUUAACAAGCAAUGAGUCUUAAUUUAAAGUUCUUGUUUGAGGAAUGCUAAACGUCAAAAUUCAUUCAAAUAUAGAGACGAAAUUCGAUCACUUUCACGGUAUUAUGCUGUCAUCGAAUGCACAUACGUUUUAUUUUAUUUUUUUACUGUAUUUAUAACUUAAAUAAUCAUUUUGCCCAUUUUGAGUUUAUAUCUAAAUUCUAAACAGCGAUGAAUUCUUUAAUAUGUAAAUAUCGAUACGUGACGUUUAUAGUGUAAAUGCAUAAACUGUGGCACAAAAUGUAAAUGUAAGUCAGAUUUUUAACUCACUAAUGCGCGUCAGUGCACCAGAAAAUGUGUAAAUGUGCCUCACGCAAUUAAAAUUCAAGUAUAAAUGUUUUCUAAUAAAUAAAAAUAUAUUCAUAAGA